CGCUGCCAGCCCCCACCCCCUCCAUCCCUCCUCCCUGCUCUGUUCCGGGGCCUCCUUCCCCCUGUAGCCUGCGCGGCCAGGGCUGAGCCUCCCCUGCGCGCCCAGCCGAGAGCCGGGGCCGGCCGCCCGGGGCCAUGGAGGGCGCUGGGUUGGCGGCGCAGCUGCUGGCGGCCUGGCUGGCGCUGGUGCUGGGCCUCAUCCUGCUGCCUUCCGCCUGCGGGCUGUCCCUCGGCAUCUCCGAGCUCUACAUGCGGGUGCUGGUGCGGACACUGGAGUGGGCUACAAUACGAAUUGAAAAAGGAGCCCCAAAGGAGUCAGUUCUUAAAAACUCUGCUUCUGUUGGUAUUAUCCAAAGAGAUGAGUCACCCAUGGAAAAAGGGCUCUCUGGUCUUCGAGGAAGGGAUUUUGAGCUGUCUGAUGUGUUUUAUUUCUCCAAGAAGGGAUUGGAAGCCAUUGUAGAAGAUGAAGUAACCCAGCGGUUCUCCUCAGAGGAGCUAGUAUCAUGGAAUCUCCUCACAAGGACCAAUAUAAAUUUCCAGUACAUCAGUCUACGGCUCACCAUGGUGUGGGUGCUGGGCGUUAUAAUACGAUACUGUGUCCUACUACCUCUGAGGAUCACCUUAGCUGUCAUUGGAAUCAGUUUGUUGGUUGCAGGAACUACACUGGUUGGGCAGCUUCCUAAUAGCAGUCUCAAAAGCUUCCUGAGUGAACUGGUGCACCUGACUUGCUGCCGGAUCUGUGUGCGAGCCCUCUCUGGUACCAUUCACUACCACAACAAAGAGUACCGGCCCAAGAAAGGCGGCAUUUGUGUUGCGAACCACACUUCCCCUAUAGAUGUUUUGAUCUUGGCAACAGAUGGAUGCUAUGCUAUGGUGGGCCAGGUUCAUGGUGGAUUGAUGGGAAUUAUUCAGAGAGCUAUGGUUAAGGCUUGUCCACAUGUCUGGUUUGAACGCUCAGAAAUGAAGGAUCGACACCUAGUAACUAAGAGAUUAAAAGAACACAUUUCUGAUAAGAAAAAAUUACCUAUAUUGAUCUUUCCUGAAGGAACUUGCAUCAAUAAUACUUCAGUGAUGAUGUUUAAGAAAGGCAGCUUUGAAAUUGGAGGAACCAUACAUCCUGUUGCAAUUAAGUACAACCCUCAGUUUGGUGACGCCUUUUGGAAUAGUAGUAAAUACAACAUGGUGAGCUACCUGCUUCGAAUAAUGACCAGCUGGGCCAUCGUCUGUGAUGUGUGGUACAUGCCUCCCAUGACCAGAGAGGAAGGGGAAGAUGCAGUUCAAUUUGCUAAUAGAGUUAAAUCUGCUAUUGCUGUCCAAGGAGGACUGACUGAACUUCCAUGGGAUGGAGGGCUAAAGAGAGCAAAGGUGAAAGACACUUUUAAGGAAGAGCAGCAGAAGAAUUACAGCAAGAUGAUUGUGGGCAAUGGUUCUCUCAAUACAGAAUCGGACUGAAAUGCUGUCCAGGAGUUACAACUUGGCUUCCAAGAACUAGCUUUUACGGAUGGAAUCUGGUGUUUUGUUUUUGAUUUUCUUUUCUUCCUUUCUUCUCUCUCUCUCUCUCCCCCUCCCCCUCUCCCUCUUUCUCUCUCUGGCUGUCUCUUUCUUUCUUUCUCUCUCUCUCUCUCUCUCGCUGUCUCUCUCUCUUUCUCUCAUGGGUGGGGGGGCAUUAUUUUGUCUUACUGUUUUUGUUUUUUAUUGUUGAUCUUUUCUACAGAAUGAUUGCCUCUACCUCUUUACACCAGAGGUGGACCCACAGUGCCCUUUUUGGCUUUUGUUGUGAUAACAUGAGCCAGAUGAAUUGUCAGGUGGUUCACCGACUUUAAAUGGAUUCUGCCUUUUGUAAAAAUGAUUGUGCCCAGUGCUGACCAAAUGGAAUGUUUGCACAGGGAAGUGUUUCUAAAGCACUUUUGGAACUCAUUGGCCUGGCGAUUCUCAAACACACAAAAAAUAGCCCCAAAUUCCUUUUCUGAUUUGUUCUGUCAUUCACUUUCCUCCCACUCCCUUCAGUCCCUAAACAGAAGCCUGACACACUGGUUACUGUCAAGGUUAUGCUCUGCUGUAGAGUUGGAAGAAAAAUAAUUGGAGGACGGUGUUUGGGAGAGAACACAUCUUGGUAACUGCUAGGUCUGAAAGGGAAAGGAACCAAAGAAAAGUGAGUCAAGUGUAGGUAGGGUGUGUGUGUGUGUGUGUGUGUACAGCUUUUCAUUGUUCUUGUUUGUAUGAGUCAAGUGUAGUUAGGGUGUGUGUGUGUGUGUGUGUGUGUGUGGUGUGUGUGUGUGUGUGUGUGUGAAGACACAUUUUAGCCAGAUACAGCUUUUCAUGGUUCUUGUUUGUAUGCUAAAGAGCCAUACCUGGUGCUUCUCCUACCUGCUAGUUGUUUGAGUUUAUAGCCAUGUUUUCAAACAGGAAGCACUUUUUCCUACAGCAAAGACACAUCAAAUCACAUUGAGUGUCCUCCUCAGGCUUGGGAAUGGGUAGAAAGAUGCGGUGCAGCCCCUCUCCCCGCACUCCUUUGUUCUUUUCAGAACCUUCCCAAUUUCUUAAACAAAAACAUCAGUGGCAGAAUUACCUUUUGGAAACUGAGCCUUCAUUUCUUUUCUUUUUUUUUUUUUUUAAAGGGGGAAAUAUAAGUAUCUCCCAGCUUCAUGCAGUAUAAGCAGUGCUUGAUAGCAAUACAGCACCAUCACAAACACUGAGAGUAUUAUCUCUCUUCUGGUAACCAUGGUACAGAAUGUGAAACUGUCUUAAGGUGGAAAUGAAUAAAUUCUAUAUUUCUAAAUGUG